UGCUUCCAGAUCACAGAGGAAAGACAGAUUUAAAGACGACGUCCUUCUUCAGUCCUCACAGAGAGAUGAGAGGAGCAGCUAUGAGUUUAAGUGCAGCAGCGAGUGGAUUUGUUGUCUUCCUUCUCUCUGUGUCAGUGGUACAGGGUCAGGAUGACUGGGGAGUGACUUACACCUCUACUGAGAUCUGUGCCUUAAAAGGAUCAACAGUGGACAUAAGCUGCACUUACAGAUACCCAUCCAGGAUAAAUGACCAUAUAACCCAAGUUAAGGAAAAAUUCUGGUUUACGAGAGUGAGUAAUAAUGACUAUGUGGAUAUAAGAUCAGACCCAGAGUAUUCAGGUCGUGUGCAGUAUAUCUUUGGUAACAACGACUGCACUCUGAGAAUCACAGACCUGAGAGAGAGCGACUCAGCUGAGUACAAGUUAAGAUUCAUAACAAACCAACAUAAUGGGAAAUAUACUGGUUCACCUGGAGUCACUUUGUCGGUUACAGGAAUGGUUACAGAUCUCCAGGUGCAGGUGAGCAGAUUAUUGGUCUACAAGUCUUAUAACCGGGCAGAACUGAAGUGUCACAGCAGUUGUCGUCUACCUGAUCAUCUUCACUACGUCUGGUACAAGAAUAGACAGAAGAUGUGGAGAGGAACAUCUUCAUAUUCAGUCUCUGUUUAUCCUGCAGACAGCUAUUCCUGUGCUGUAGAAGGAUAUGAGAAGUUCCCCUCUCCUCCAGUGUAUGCUCUGAGGGUUUCCUCUGUGUCAGUGAGUCCCUCUGGUGAGAUAGUGGAGGGCAGUUCAGUGACUCUGACCUGUAGCAGUGAUGCUAACCCAGCAGCUACUUAUACCUGGUACAAGAGGAAUGGAAAUCGAUACCUUCAACCUCCCAGUAGAGAACCACAGCUUGUCUUCAGGUCCAUCCAGUCCUCUGACUCUGGACAGUAUUACUGUACAGCUAAGAACAAACUGGGGAGGAGAACAUAUAAAUACAUCUCUAUUAAUGUGAAAUAUGCUCCGAGGGUUCCCUCUGUGUCAGUGAGUCCCUCUGGUGAGAUAGUGGAGGGCAGUUCAGUGACUCUGACCUGUAGCAGUGAUGCUAACCCAGCAGCUAAUUAUACCUGGUACAAGGAGAAUGAAGUCUCACCAAAAGCAUCAGGACAGAUCUUCACCAUCACUGACUUCAGACCUGAACACAGUGGGAAUUAUUACUGUGAAGCCCAGAACAGAAGAGGACGCCAUAACUCCACCUUACAUCUGAUUGUUGUAGCAGGUAAGUUUUUGCAUUCAGCUACACACAUUCUGUACCAGAAGUCAUAAAACAGGAUGUGAUAUAAUGCAUCAUCCAUCUAUAUCUAACCAGGUAAGGUCCUACGAGAGUCUACCAGAAUUUAUUAUAGGUACAGAUAAUGCCACCUUAGGACUUAAAGAAUAUAAAGUAAGAGUUGUCGUACUAUUCCACCUAUUGCACCUCUUCUACCAGAGGAUUUCACAAAUGAAUAUGGAGGUAGAUUUAGAAAUAUAUAACAUUCUUAAUUUUUAACAAAGUUCUUUAAAUGAACUAUUUUGAUGAAAUAUCGUAAAAUAU